CUGCUCCUUCUAUUUCUUAUUAUUGACUGUCUCGCUCUUCCUUCCUACUAUAUACAGCUGCGAUUUACGAAUCUCCCAGAUCUCUCUCCCUCUCUAACCGAAACGAAACGCCAUGGCGUUUCGAAGAUCGCUCGCUGUACGUACUUUCUCGAUCUCUGCACUCCUUCUGAUUCUGUUCCAUGGCAGCUUCUGCUUCUAUCUCCCCGGUGUCGCUCCCGAGGACUUCCAGAAGGAUGAUACUCUAAAAGUGAAAGUGAACAAAUUAAUCUCUACAAGGACUCAGCUUCCUUACACAUAUUAUUCUCUUCCUUAUUGCCUGCCUAAAAAGAUAGUGGAUAGUGCAGAGAAUCUUGGGGAAGUCCUUCGUGGUGAUCGUAUUGAAAACUCUCCCUUUGAGUUUAAAAUGCGAGUACCGAAAAUGUGCAAGGUUGUUUGCCGGAUUACACUAGAUGCCAAAUCUGCGAAGGAGUUUAAAGCGAAAAUUGAUGAUGAGUAUCGGGUCAACAUGAUCCUUGAUAAUCUUCCACUGGUUGUGCCCGUACAAAGGCGGGAGCCGGAAUCGGCCACUGUUUAUCAGCUUGGAUUUCAUGUUGGGCUCAAAGCCCAUAUUCCUGGGAGCAAGGGUGACAAGUACUUUAUUCACAACCAUUUGGCAUUUACUGUCAAGUUUCAUAGAGAUUUGCAAACAGACUCUGCAAGAAUUGUGGGAUUUGAGGUUAGACCAUUUAGUGUUAAACAUGAAUAUGAUGGAAAGUGGGAUGAUAAUACUCGUUUAACAACCUGUGACCCUCAUGCAAAACACACAGUUAUGAAUUCCAACUCUCCCCAAGAGGUUGAAGAGAACAAAGAGAUUAUAUUCACAUAUGAUGUUGAAUUCCAGGAGAGUGAUGUGAAGUGGGCAUCUAGAUGGGAUGCUUAUCUACUAAUGAGCGAUGACCAAAUUCACUGGUUCUCAAUUGUCAAUUCUUUGAUGAUUGUUCUUUUCCUCUCGGGCAUGGUGGCAAUGAUAAUGCUACGGACACUUUACCGUGACAUCUCCAAAUACAAUGAACUUGAGACCCAAGAAGAAGCCCAAGAGGAGACAGGAUGGAAACUUGUCCAUGGGGAUGUCUUCCGGCCCCCAAAUAACUCAAAUCUGCUAUGUGUCUAUGUUGGAACUGGCGUUCAGUUUUUUGGGAUGACGGUGGUGACUAUGAUGUUUGCCAUCCUUGGAUUCCUUUCCCCCUCAAACCGGGGUGGUCUCAUGACAGCAAUGCUCUUGCUUUGGGUUUUCAUGGGUCUUUUUGCUGGUUACUCUUCUGCUCGUUUGUACAAGAUGUUUAAGGGAACAGAAUGGAAGAAAACUGCUUUCCGGACCGCAAUCAUGUUCCCGGCAAUUGUCUCUUCCAUUUUCUUUGUCUUAAACGCUCUCAUAUGGGGACAGAAAUCAUCCGGGGCUGUGCCUUUUGGUACCAUGUUCGCACUUGUCUUCCUAUGGUUUGGGAUUUCCGUCCCACUUGUAUUUGUAGGUAGCUAUGUUGGGUUCAAGAAACCAGCAAUUGAGGAUCCUGUGAAGACAAAUAAAAUCCCCAGGCAGAUUCCCGAGCAAGCCUGGUAUAUGAACCCUGUCUUUUCGAUUCUGAUCGGAGGAAUACUACCAUUUGGAGCUGUUUUUAUUGAACUAUUCUUCAUCCUUACCUCAAUCUGGUUGAAUCAGUUUUACUACAUCUUUGGUUUCCUCUUCUUGGUCUUUGUAAUCCUCAUCAUCACUUGUGCGGAAAUAACUGUCGUGCUCUGCUACUUCCAACUCUGCAGUGAGGACUACCUGUGGUGGUGGAGGUCAUACCUUACAUCAGGCUCGUCUGCACUAUACCUCUUUCUCUAUGCGACGUUCUACUUCUUCACAAAGCUUGAAAUCACAAAGCUUGUCUCUGGGAUAUUGUACUUUGGAUACAUGCUAAUUGCGUCGUAUGCGUUCUUUGUUCUGACUGGUACCAUCGGAUUUUAUGCAUGCUUUUGGUUCACAAGGCUCAUCUACUCAUCAGUGAAGAUUGAUUAAUCAAUGCAAUUAGGUGUGCCGGGUGGUCUUUUUCUUUUAAGGCUUCAAUAAUUGUGUAAGAUUUAAAAUUACAAGUACCAUUAUGUUUUUAGAUGUAAAACUAUACUCAGAUUUUGAAUUGUGACAGGGCCAUGAUCUGGCUGUUACAGUAGCUUUCAUUUGUUAAUUUUUAGAAGAUUCUAUCAGAAUAUUUGUGUUUCGUCUUAUAGCCAGACUUGUUGUGUAGAUUGUUGGCUAACAUGGACAUUAUAUAUUUGCCAUUGUUUCUUC